AUCCGAGGAGUGGUUUCGUCCAUUGUGCUCGCUUCACGCCGGCCCAAGAUGGCGGCGGCGCCCACGGCCCGGGGACCGUAACCACAAUAGGAGCCGGGGCCAGAAGACUGCGGCGGCGGCGCCGGCGACUCCCCCCUCCCCCGCGUUUGAUCCUAACCCCCGCCUCCCGUCCCCGCCUCGAUCCCGUCGGUCCGGUCCCGCGCCGCCUAGUAUGGUGCGGCAGCGGCCGAGCUGGGGAAAAUGGGGGAGAAGCUGGAACUGAGGCUGAAGUCGCCGGUGGGAGCGGAGCCUGCCGUAUACCCCUGGCCCUUGCCGGUCUACGAUAAACACCACGAUGCUGCUCAUGAGAUCAUUGAGACCAUUCGAUGGGUCUGUGAAGAAAUCCCAGAUCUCAAACUUGCCAUGGAAAAUUAUGUUCUGAUUGACUAUGAUACCAAAAGCUUUGAAAGCAUGCAGAGACUCUGUGACAAGUACAACCGAGCCAUUGAUAGCAUCCAUCAGUUGUGGAAAGGAACCACCCAGCCCAUGAAACUGAACACUCGUCCAUCCAAUGGACUUCUCCGGCAUAUUUUGCAGCAAGUGUAUAACCACUCAGUGACGGACCCAGAGAAACUCAACAACUAUGAGCCUUUUUCCCCAGAAGUGUAUGGAGAGACUUCGUUUGACUUAGUGGCCCAGAUGAUUGAUGAGAUUAAAAUGACAGAAGAUGAUUUGUUUGUGGACUUGGGCAGUGGAGUGGGUCAGGUGGUGCUUCAGGUGGCGGCAGCCACCAACUGCAAGCAUCAUUAUGGUGUGGAGAAAGCUGAUAUUCCAGCCAAGUAUGCCGAGACAAUGGACAGAGAGUUCAGAAAGUGGAUGAAAUGGUAUGGGAAAAAGCAUGCAGAAUACACACUGGAAAGAGGUGACUUCCUCUCGGAAGAGUGGCGAGAACGAAUAGCAAAUACAAGUGUUAUUUUUGUGAAUAAUUUUGCCUUUGGUCCUGAGGUGGAUCACCAACUGAAAGAACGAUUUGCAAACAUGAAGGAAGGUGGCAGAAUCGUAUCCUCAAAACCUUUUGCACCUCUAAACUUUAGAAUAAACAGUAGGAACUUGAGUGAUAUUGGCACUAUAAUGAGAGUUGUGGAGUUAUCACCACUGAAAGGGUCGGUUUCAUGGACUGGGAAACCAGUCUCUUACUACUUGCAUACCAUUGAUCGAACAAUACUUGAAAACUAUUUUUCUAGUCUCAAAAAUCCAAAGCUCAGGGAGGAACAAGAGGCAGCUAGACGCCGACAGCAAAGAGAAAACAAGAGUAAUACGACAACUCCAACAAAGGUCCAAGAAAACAAGGUAGCUGUUCUCUUGGAUUGUCACAUGGAUUCUGGUGCUGAAGAAGAUAAAACUGGGGUAGCGACUGUAAAAAAGCCAUCUCCCUCCAAAGCACGCAAGAAAAAGUUAAGCAAGAAAGGAAGGAAAAUGGCGGGCAGAAAGCGUGGGCGCCCCAAGAAAAUGAACACUGCAAACACUGAGCGCAAGCCCAAGAAGAACCAAACCGCACUGGAGCUCCUACAUGCUCAAACUGUGUCCCAGACAGCAUCAUCCUCUCCUCAGGAUGCAUACAAGUCACCUCAUAGCCCAUAUUACCAACUACCUCCUAAAGUGCAACGGCAUUCAUCUAAUCAGCUGUUGGUGACUCCCACCCCCCCUGCACUACAGAAGCUGCUAGACUCCUUUAAGAUUCAGUACAUGCAAUUUAUGGCAUACAUGAAAACUCCUCAAUAUAAGGCAAACCUACAGCAGUUACUGGAGCAAGAAAAGGAAAAAAAUGCCCAGCUGCUGGGCACCGCACAACAACUGUUCAUCCAUUGCCAGGCCCAGAAAGAGGAAAUCAAGCGACUAUUUCAGCAGAAACUCGAUGAGUUGGGAGUUAAGGCACUGACUUACAAUGACCUGAUUCAAGCUCAGAAAGAGAUCUCCGCUCAUAACCAGCAGUUAAAGGAACAAACCAAACAGCUAGAGAAAGAGAACAGUGAACUCAGGAACCAGAGCUUACAGCUGCUUAAGGCUCGAUGCGAAGAGCUGAAGCUGGAUUGGUCCACCCUGUCGCUGGAGAAUUUACUGAAGGAAAAGCAGGCCCUGAAGAAUCAAAUUUCAGAAAAGCAGAAGCAUUGUUUGGAGUUGCAGAUCAGCAUCGUGGAGCUGGAGAAGAGUCAAAGGCAGCAGGAGCUGUUGCAGCUCAAGUCCUACAUGCCAGCUGAUGAGACACCGUCGGUUCAUCUGCGCCACAAAAGCCAUUUAAACCGGGAGCUCGAACCCGAGCACAGCCGAUUCCAACUUGAGCUUGAGUGCGCCAAGUUCUCUCUGCCCCACAUCAACGGCAUGAGCCCCGAACUGUCCAUGAAUGGCCAUGCGGCUCCCUAUGAAAUUCCCAGUACGUUGAGCCGGUCCUCUUCCAAGCAGAACACCCCUCAGUACCUGACCUCCCACCUGGACCAAGAAAUCGUGCCCUGCACUCCUAACCACAACAGCAGGCAGAAGGUGGACCGAGUGGCCAGCUUAUCCAUCCCCGACUACACCCGGUUUUCUCCAGCCAAGAUAGCCCUACGGAGACACUUGAAUCAGGAUCAUGCAGCCACUGGGAAAGCCCCAGCUAGUGACCUGCACCAGAGAGCUGAGCAUGCCAAAGAGAAUGGCCUUUCAUAUCAGAGCCCCGGGAUUUCAAACGGCAUAAAACUGAGUCCUCAGCACGUUCGGCCUUCUUCUCCUUCUGCUUUACAGAUUGCAGCGGGAGAGAAGAACACUGAGAAGGUUUUGAAAGAAAGAGCCUAUGCCAGCAAUGGAGAAACGAUCACCAGCUUACCCAUCAGUAUUCCUCUCAGCACAGUGCAGCCCAAUAAACUCCCUGUUAGUAUCCCACUGUCCAGUGUAGUCCUGCCCAGCCGGGUUGAGAAGGUGAGAAGCACACCUAGUCCAGUUCAUCAGACUCGAGACUCUACUUCAACACUUGAAAAACAGUUUGGUGCUAAUUCCUAUAAUGGUCUAAGCAGUGCUACUGGAACCAAGCCCUUUGCUUCGGCUACCUCAGGUUUUUCUUAUUCUGGCUCGGUGGCAGUCGGGGGAACUGUUUCCAGCAGCCCGGCCCAGCUUAACCACGUCGUUGAGCAGACUGCUCUGGAUGACCCGUCCAAUUCGGGGAGUCUGUUCAACGCAGUAGGCUCCCGGAGCUCCACCCCACAACAUCCUUCUUUGCUCAUGAUGCAGUGCCGGAAUUCUGGUCCGAACUCCCCCGCCCACCAGCACCCGGUGAGCCCCCGGCUCCCCGGGGCCGCCCAGGGGCUGCCUGGGGCGUUGCAGCAUGCAGAUCCUCAGAAGAUGUUCACUGAGGGCCACAUGGGAGACCUGCAGUCUGAUUGGGGCUUUUCUGAUCCCGAGAGUGAAGCCAAGAGAAGAAUUAUCUUUACCAUCUCUACAAAUGCAGGAAACCUAAAACAGUCUCCUUCCAACAAGCACAGUCCCCUAACGGCAAGCAUCCGAACGGACUGUGGGCCAGCCUAUAUGCAGGACGGCAAGAAGAGAGGGAGGAGGAAGCGGUCUUCCAGCGGGCACCCCAGCGGGCUGUCUCCCAAACGCAAACCCUUACCGUCCGUGGCGGGACUCUUUACUCCGUCGUCAGGCUCACCCCUCAACAUCAACUCUAUGGUCAAUAACAUUAAUCAGCCUUUAGAGAUCACAGCCAUUUCCUCCCCGGAAAACUCCCUGAAGAAUUCUCCUGUUCCCUACCAGGACAACGACCAACCGCCGGUGCUGAAAAAGGAGAAGCCGCUCAUCCAGACCAAUGGGAUUUACUAUUCCCCGCUCACGUCUGAUGAAGAACAGGGAUCCGAAGAUGAGCGCAACAGCACCAGAAUUGAAAGAAAAAUUGCCACCAUCUCUUUGGAAAGCAAAUCCCCACCAAAAUCAAUGGAAAAUGCAGGGGGCAGCGGUUCGUCAGGAAGGAAACCGGGACCGACCCACGAGAGCACGAAUAGCAGCAAGUGGAAGUCCACCUUCUCACCCAUCUCCGAUCUCCACCUGGCCAAGACGGCCGACAGCCCCGGGCAGGCCGCACCACCUCUGUUCGCCUUCAGGCCGCCCUCGGAGGACGCUGGGCCUGCCGACGGCAAGCUCUCGGUGCACCCCCGGAAAAACUUGGCCGGGGGCUCGGCGGGGGCUGGUGCGCUCAGCCCGAAUGGAUUUGCCUACAAUGGGGGCCUGUCAGCCGAUCUGAGUUUACACAGCUUUCCUGAUGGUGCUUCUCUCUCUCAUAAGGCUAGCGAGGUGACGGGCUUACAUUCCCCUCUGGGUUUUCCAUCCCAGCGGAGCAGAGACGUCAGUGUCUCCGAGACAAACCCCUUUCUGAACAAGCGGCAGCUGGAUGGCCUGGGGGGCUUGAAAGGGGACGAAUUUGGAAGGGCAGGGGGCAAAAGCAAAGAGAUGAGUGAGUUGGGGGUGCAUCCAUCUGAAAAAGGGCCCCUGCAGCACAGUGGCAAGGUUGGGAAAGGACGGGACCGUGACCUGGAGUUUAAAAAUGGCCACAACCUUUUCAUCGCCGCCGCCGCUGCCCCUCCUGGGGGCCUUCUCAAUGGCAGAAGCCUUCCCACGGCUGGCCCCUCUUCUGGCAACUCAGUAUCUGCCGUGCAAACGCACCAUCCUUUCUUAAACGCUGUCACCGCUGGAUCCCAGUUCCCCCUGGGCCCCGGGACCCUGCCGGCCAACCUCAGUUCUGUGGCCAGCUCAUCGGUCUUGCAGUCCUUAUUUAAUUCAGUGCCCACAGCUGCCAGUUUGGUCCACGUGUCAUCGGCUGCAACCAGACUGACAAAUUCUCAUGCUAUGGGAAGCUUCUCUUCCGGGGUGACGGGUGGAACAGUUGGAGGUAGGCAGAACGUGGCUUCUCAGCUCUGAGGUAGAUGGCCGGAGCCCUCUCUCUCGGGGGACGGCAGGUGGCGGGUGGCAGAGGGUCAGGAACAGAGCGGAGCCUUCCUUUCUGCCCCCAUUCGAGAGUUAGUUACCUUGGCUGCUCCAAGAACGAGAAAACCCUGGAGUCGGGAUGACCGAAAAGCCCAGCCCCGGGGGUGGGCCACAGGGCCUAAACUGGCCCCCUUUCCAUUCUGGUUUGGGCCUGGGCUAGCUCUGGCCGGCUUGGUGCUGGGAUCGGGGGCGGUGCAAGCCGGGGUGGGCGUCUGGGCCCAAUUUCCCCCCGUCAGAACAGGUGGGCGAGCUUCGGCCUUGCCUUGCCGGGCCGCAAUUUUUGAACGAAGGUCAGGGGGUUCUAUCCAGUCCGUGUCGGCCCCCGAGGGGACGGGCAGCUGAUUCCCUGAGCUGGCCAUCGGGCAGGGCCACUGCGUGAGUGCUCAAGGGAGCAGCUGGGGCAGGCGGGAGAGGAUAGGGUGUCAGCGCCUCAGCGUGGCUGGUCCAAGCUCCUUCCCUUUCCGGGUAAA